UACAUCUGUUCUUCCUAUUUAACUACACCCCUCUCUAUCGGAGUUUAGAAUUUUUGAGUGCCAUGGCCUCACCGAGGGACGACGACCCCAACGGGUCGAAAACCGGAGACGAUAACUUGGGGGAUUUGUUAAGUUUAGGCCUCAGCACAGAGGCAAAGGCUGCUGCAAUCAACAAGGUUUUCUCAUGCAACUUCUGCAUGAGAAAGUUUUAUAGUUCUCAAGCAUUGGGUGGACACCAGAACGCACACAAGAGGGAACGAGGGGCUGCCAAAAGGUUCGGGUCUAACAAAAUCGUUCCGCCUUUGAUGGCGGUUCGAUCGCUAGGGGUCCGACCUCAUUCGCUGGUUCACAAGGGUGUAAGAUCAGAAGGGUCGUCGGUGGUGGCAAGGUUUAGUGAAUCCGGGCCUAUUUUUGGGGUUGCUGGGACACCGUUCUCGGUUGAAGAUUCGAUGGAUAUGAUCUGGCCCGGAAGCUUCCGACUCGAGAAUUUUCCGAUGCAAGGACCUGAACCUGCCACUGAUCCGCGCAAGGUUGAUUUAAAUCUGAGGUUGUAGGUGUUUUAAUUGUUAUCCAACUGUUGUCUAAUUAAUUUAUAUGAAGGCUUUGUUUCUGUUUA